UCCUCACUUUUCUUCAAUUUAUCACAGCGAAUUGUAUAUUUUACUGUUACAGGUGAUAAAUGUUGGCUCGGUUCCCUGAUUGCCAGAAUAUAAAUCUCUCAGUCUACUAGGCUAAGGCGUAAGGUAAUUGCUCCCUGAGAUUGAAGACAUGACACGGAAAUCAUCUGAUUAAUAUCUUUGCCUUGUUUUUGCAAUCAGUGAUACCCAGAGGAGCAGUGAGGAAUCAAUAAUUUGCCUUCAGCAUGAUACAUUUGUUACCACAUAACAUAAUCCUUUGCAUUCUGAUUAUUAUUAUUAUUAUUAUUAAUAUUAUGUUUUUUUUUAAGAGAUGCGCAGUCAUAGAGGAAGCAGUCUAACAUCUUCAUAAACCUCAUUUCCACUGCAGCUGUGUGCUCCAUUAUGCAGAAUAUGUAACGCGUGGAAAAUGCUUUAGAAAAAAAAUCUAAUUCAUUCUGCUUAUACAAAGUGCCUAUAGAGUCACAGGUGUUAAAGGAUGCUGAAAUAAAAAGAAUGAUUUGUUCCCCCAUUUGUUACAUAAGAUGCAAUCCCUUUUUGGUUUUUACCAUCCUCUAUACAUUGUUUAAUUUUUACAUAACUAUGCACUGAUGGACAAAGGAAAAAAGUUCAUUAUAUUAUGCUAGGCCUCAUAUACCACACAAAGUGAAAAUGCAGAUUUAUUUAUUUUUUUCGGUAUUGAAAGGGAAAAAUGCGAUCGGAUUUGCGCCGUCAUGAAGCCUACACUUUUUAUUUUCAGAUAAACCGGAAUUAAUGCCUUCAGCUUUCCUCCCUGAGCCCAGCACAAAACAAUUUUCCUGCUGAUCGGUUAUUUAUUUCAAAUACUGUGUCUGACGUCAUCGUUCGAGAAAGUUGCUCAAUAAACAGGAACGUAAAAAAUCAACUAAACUGAGGGCAUUAAAUUAGCAUUAAAUGUCUGUGCAAGAAUGAAAGGAGAAGGUAAUGAUUGUUGUAGCUGGAAUCAGCCCACGGGGGACUGCAGCAGGAGGCCAUAACAAGCUGAAUGUUUAGUCUGCACACCUACUUCCUUCUCACUUGCCCGCUGAACAGGGUCUCCCAGCCACAUCUGCAGGAGUCAGCAGCAUAGCCUACAGCUGAGAACAGGAUAGAUCACUCUGUACCUUUUUUCACUGAGGCAUACUGCAUAACCUAUAAAUGUUGGGUCGUGGUGGAAGGCUGCUGAACACUUCUUACUACAAUAACUUACUACUUAGAAAAUGGGUGCCAGGUAUUUGAAAACCUUAUUUAAGGUCUGUAUAUGUACAUUCAGACUAUUUAAAAAAAAAAAAAAAAAACGUAAUGUUUGUAGAUGCAAGAUAAAUACUAAAGAUAAAAGAUGAACUUAUCCAACACCCCAAUGAUGAGUACGCUCCAAAAGUAUUGGGAAAAACAAGGCCAAUCCUUUUUCUUUUGCUUGUUUAUUAUAUUAGGCAAUUGGGUUUUAGACUGAAAGAUAAAUAGCUUCAACCUUUAUAGCAAGUGACUAUGAAUUACACUUUUGAUCUCCAAAAAUUGUGGUCUGCCAAUUUAGGUGGCAUCAUGUAAGUUGUUGAAAUGUAAAUAUUUGAAAGUCUGAUUCCUGGUCUUAGAUUUCACUUUUGAUCUCAAACUCAAAUGUUUUUAAGUUUAAAGCAAAUAACAAAAGAAUUAAUCUUGCUCUCUAGUUUUUUUUUAGAUAAUAUGUCUAUUUUAAUGCUUUGCAGUAUGAAACCUUUAGCAAAACCAUGCUUAAAGCAGAAGGAAUUCUGAACAACACUGUAUGGGGUCUUUCCAGGGAGCACCAGCCAAUCAGAAACCAGAGGUUUGAGGAAUCCACCUUGUAUUGCUAUGCUAGAGUGGCCAGGGUAAUGUCCAUUCUUCACCACCAAGACUCCUAGUGAAGACUGAAUCAGUCUAUUUGUCAAUUUGGUUUUAUGUUUUGUUGUGGGGGUUUUUUUUGUUGUUUUUUUAACACAGUGAAUUACUGAACUACUAUGAACUGGAUUUCUAUUUUUUAGUUUUAUUUAGGACUCUGAAACGGUCAAAGUGACGGUAAUAUAAAGGAAAGAAAAUGGGCAUCACAGAUAAACACACGUACAUGGAGGAGGCUGUGAACUGGCCUGCUGAGGUACAUUUCCAUAAAAUAAAUCAUCGUAGGAUGAGAAGAGGUCAAUCUCCGUCCCGUGAUGUUUCUCCAGUACCAUCAUACUUCUCUGAACCGGUUUCAAUCCAAAAGCGUAAGGAUGUAACUAGCAGACUGCCUCACCUCAUUAAAAGUACUCAUCAGGAUGAAGACGACGAUGAUGACAUUCAGAGUUUAAAAAGUCUGCCCACGCUUAUGAACACAUUAACCUCUGACCCUAAGGUUAACAGGUCACGUACAUUUCGCAGAGGUCAAAGCAUCCCUGACUUCAGCCUUCCACUUCUUGUCACGUCCAAAUGUACCCUGGUGGUAAAAGGUACUGGAUGUACUUACACUGGGGGAUUUCUGCCUGCCAUCAAAUCCACAGUUCCAGAGAGGCCACCAUGCCGAGCUGGAUGCAGGCCAGACAAAGAUAAAAUGGGUCCAACUCGGUGUCCUCACCCAGUCGGUCAACCGCAGUAUGUGCCUCUCAGUGAGAGCCAUCUUCCUGAAAAGACAUGGAAUAUAAAAUCAAGCUGUCAGCGUCCUUCACCGUCUUCUAGCAAAGUGUCCUUGGGUCCCCGAAUCACAUUCCAGAGUCCAGUGGUACAGGAUAUCUACCCCAUCACUCCUGCCUUGAUGAAAGGAAGCAGACAGGAUGCGCAGGCUUGCCAGCCUCUGAGGGGUGUGCUGAAGAAAGCACAGGUGCUGAACAGAGGAGCGCUUCACUGCCUUUUAGAGAAAAGCUACCUCCCCUGCUCAAAAGAUUCACAUUUGCUUGAGCCAUUUUCAGGCUUUGAGGAGCACCUUUGCCACCAGCUGCUAAACUCCCCUUUUCCUUGCGGUGCAGCUCUCCCACAUGCCAAUUCUCAUCACCUCCUACAGCUAGAAGCCAUGUUACCUGUGACCCAGGGGCUAAACAGUUCCCUGAUGCAGCGCACAGUGGAGCUCUGUAACCCACAAAGGAAACAACUUCCCAGCAUCACCAUGACCCGCCCCACACCUUCCCCUAAUCACCUACACAGCACUGAAAACAGGCAUGUAGCUUGAGUUCAAGUCUCUCAAGUCUCUGCAUACAUCACUUAUGCAGAAAACUAUCUAUUUCCUGGUGGUUAACUCGUUUGUUCACUAACCAAGCAGACAAAGAGCGCAUGCACAAGAACAGAUAGCUAUUUAUCAAGCAAUUUAAUGUCACCUGCUAGAUGCAAUCAACAAAUUGUUUGCUUACGUUAUAAGGCAUAAAGAUUAGUUGAAUGAAUUCUAACAGCCACUUGAUCUGAAUAUAAAUGUCUGGAAGGUCCCAAAGAUCAAAUCAAACUAUUUUGAAGAGAUUCACUUUCAUAAAAACAAGUAUCAAUCAGGUUUCGAUUUUGAAAUAUAUCCCAACCUCUGAUGUUCCCACAGAGUACCGAUAAACGCGUUAUUUAAAAAAACAGAAAGAGGAUGGCAGUACAGUGACUUUGCUUAUAAGAGAUGUCCACCAUAAAUCAAUGUUUGGGUAAAAAAGGACCUUGAAGGAAAGAUUUCUUGCUCUGCAUACAUCCUAAAACAGCUACUCUUUCAUUGGUUAAUAAGUGUGUCUUCUUUCUGCACAGUUUCGAUAAUUACCCCUGGUUUUAUUUUGCAGUUUCUCUUUGCUUAAUUAGUUACGCAUAGGAAAAUCUUGUAAAAGGAAUAAAUCAUAAUUAGGUGUAUGAUUCUACAGCUGCAUUAAAACUCCUCAUACAAAUUCCACCUACUUGCCUGGUGCUACAAAGAGCCUCGUGGGACAGCAUUUAAUCCACCUCAGGAACUGUGACGGGAGUUGCGAAUAUAAAUCACAGCAGUGCUGAGAAAUAAACUGAGAGAGAAUCAACCUGGGAGUGAGAACACAAAGUUUCUGGCUCAGAACUUCAAACUGUCACAUAAUUAUACAAUUUCCUCCAUCUUUAAUCCAGUCCCUGGAGAUCUUUCUGUAUGGUUGAGGGAAAUGGUUACAGCUUGCAUAAAUAUUCCCAUCCCCUCUGUACUCUUUCACAUUUUGUAGAACUAAAAUAGUUAAUUCAGAUGAUUGUCAUGAAAAUGCCUGAAAUAUUCCAUAAUUUUGAAAUGCUAGAAAACAUGUGCAAUGUUUGGAAAGAGCAAAAAAGUCAAUGUGGGUCUCAUCAGGCCAGAGAGCACUUUUUUGUACAUGCUUCCUGUAUUAGCUUAGCUUUAUGAGUUGUCCUGUGAAGAGCUUCCCCCAUGUGAGCAUCGGGAUCUCUUUAUAUUACCUUUGACCUCUUGUUUGCUUCUCUGACUAAUCACCUCUUUAACCAGUCACUGCCUUUUGGUGAAUAAUAAUAAUAAUAGAUGUGGAUGUGUGGGGUGUGUUUAUUUUGUAAUGAAGCCAUGACAAAUGCUAUUCCAAAAUCAUGUAUUGGAAUACUUUUGAUAGCUUUUUGCUUUUCAUGAUGCUCUGAUCUGUCAUAUUUUAGACUCUUCAACCCCAGGAGGUCUUUUAUAUAAAGGCAUAUGUCUGUGUAGGAGGCUUUCAGUCUGCAGCUUGUUAAAGGAAGUCAAUAAAAGACAGUAGGAUGUGUAGGAAGAGGAGCUUUUUUAUACAAUGACAUGCAUCUAUCAGGGUGUUCGGGCCUUCAGCCAUUGCAGUGAAUAUCCUUCAUCGAUGUCACUAAAAAGACUGUAAUUAUUUUUAUCUGCUUUUCUCAGAGUAAAAUCAAUGUAGACUGCUGACUUAGACACAAUGCCCUAUGAGAGGCUUUCAAUCAGGACUUUCUGUUCUAUUGAGUUGUGAAAACAGUGUCUGGUUGAUUUACAUUUGCUUUCUGACCAAGACUCAAUAAGGAGCCUGGUGCUAACUUUUAUUAACAAGCUGGUAUCUUGAGAAAUGGAAAUAACAGUGAUUGCUAGAUUUAGAUAUAUGACUCCUUGUACCUCUGGUGAGUAAAACAAGAAGACCUAAACCUAAACAAUCAUAAACAUGGGUUUUGAUUGUUUGUUCUGUUAGUUUACAUUUAGAAAUUUUGACAAAAUGUCAUUAACCUGUUUUAUAUUUGUUUGACAUUUCACUCUGAGUAAAUAAAAAUUUGAGUCUAAAACAA